UUUGAGCGCAAAAUUUCAAAGUACAAACAAAACAAAAUAGUUACCCUCGUAUUAAAAAUACACCACAGGACCAUGCCUUAUCCAAAUUUCAAAUUUCGCAAUAAUUUAAACACAAUGAAAACCUCACUGUUUUGUCUGUUUUUGCUCUUCAUAUUCAAAGAUUCUCAAUGCUUGCUACCACCUAAAUUUCAAUGGAAAACUAUAGACUUUGCAUGGGAGGGUCAAACGCGGGAGGCGGCAUUGAAGUCUGGUGCUUAUAUCCCUGAAAACAUUAUACCUGCGGGUAUUGCUAGAUGGAAAGACAAACUCUUUAUUACGAUACCUAGAUGGAAGAAAGGAGUUCCGGCAUCAUUAAACUACAUCCACGUAAACGGCAGUCAGUCCCAACCCCUGAUCCCAUAUCCAAGCUGGGGCUCAGCAUUCUUGUCGGACGCGGCGUGUUGUAUCACCGACAACAGCACUGUCGUGUCCACGUUCCGCGUUCACGUCGACCAGUGCGACCGACUGUGGGUUGUCGAUAACGGAGUCGCUGACAUGUCGAGAGACAUUCGGCAAAUAACGGCGCCAGCUAUAUUGGUGUUUGACCUGAACACGGACACGCUGAUACAUCGCUACGUGAUCAAGGACGAGGUGCUCCGAGACUCGUCAGUACUGACAAGCAUUGCGGUUGACAUAGUGGGCAAAGGUUGCCGCGAUGCGUAUGCCUACAUCCCAGACAUGGGCUCCAACGCUCUGCUGGUAUACAGCCUCGCGAAGAACGACGUAUGGCGCGUGGAGAACCAUUACUUCCACUUCGACCCGCACGCGGGGGUGUAUUCAGUGGGAGGGGUGGACUUCUACUGGAGCGAUGGUAUAUCUUCCGCUGUUCUGUCGCCGUCGAAGAAAUCUGGCUACCGCGAUCUCUAUUUCCACCCGACAUCAAGCACGAAGCAGUUCCGCAUGUCCACAAAGUUACUGCGAAACAAAAAUGUUCCUCAAGAAAACAUAUUCAGUGGAGUUGAGGUAGUUGGUGACAGAGGCGCGAUGUCGCAAGCAACUGCAUGUGAUGUGGAUCCAAAUAACAACGUUUUAUUUUACACUCAACUGAGCAAAAACGGCGUAAGCUGUUGGAAUUUAGACAAGCCCUUGAAUGAGGAGAACGCACCUCUCAUCAUCAGCGAUUGCACUCUUCUGGAGUUUCCGAAUGAUAUUAAGGUGGACCAAGAAGGUAACCUCUGGAUACUAAGCAAUAGACAAUCGCGAUUCCUCUACGAGUCUAUGGACUUCUCCCAAGUGAAUUUCAGAAUACUAACGGCACCAGUGAACGCGGUCAUUCAAGGCACACCAUGUGAAAAACUUUCUACUAUGGAAAGGGCGCUUAGUUUUAUACGACCAAAGUCGAGCAAGAAAUCUUCAAAAACUUCACAAUAACUAGCUCCGUAUAUUUUACCCGAAUGCAUUAACCCUUCCUUUCCUUAUAUGCCAGUUAACAUCAAUUUAUUAUUUUUUAUCUUUCCAUUUCAAAACUUUAUGAGUAAAUAAGAACUUAGCUAUAGACUGCGAAAAUUAGAAAUUUUAUGAUUUCUAAAUUUUCUCUAGU